CUAUAUAAACGGCUCAAAGUCUCGACGUUAAGCUCAAUCCUCAUCACCAUCAUCUUCUUCCUUCCUCAGCUUCAUUCAUUGCAGAAGAAUCUCCUCCGAUUGCCAUCAUCACUUCACUUGAAGAUCACUUCAUUCCUCGCACCUUUGCAUACUAUCCUUCUUACUAGCAGAUAUGUUUAGCAAAGACUUUACAGCUGUCGGGCUGGCAGCUCUCUCUUUGGUCUCUCAAUCGCAAGCAGGACCUACCUUGGGUACUUCUCAUCUCAAAGCAAGAGCUCUCUUGGGUAACUCUUUUGGUGUUCCUGGACGCAAUGCCACUUACGACUACGUUGUAGUAGGUGGUGGCAAUGCCGGUCUAACUAUCGCCAUGAGAUUGGCUGAAGCUGAGGCUGGCAGCGUUGCUGUCAUUGAAGCUGGAACUUUCUAUGAGAUUAGCAAUGGAAACAUCUCUCAAGUCCCUGCCACUGAUGGUGUAUUCGCUGGAAAGGGUGCUACCGAUUGGCAACCUCAGAUCGAUUGGGGUUAUCAGACUACCGCGCAAUCUGGAGCAUUCAACACUUCUCUUCACUAUGCUCGUGGUAAGACUUUGGGAGGUUGUUCUGCCAGAAACUUCAUGGUCUAUCAACGUGCAACUGUUGGAUCAAUGCAGAGGUGGGCCGACGAGGUUGGCGAUGAUUCCUAUGAAUGGGAUAACUUUCUUCCUUUCUACCAGAAGUCUGUCAACUUCACUGCUCCCGACAUGAGCCUUCGAUCGGCCAACUCCACUCCAGAGUUCGUUGCUGCUGAUGCUGCAGUAUUCCCAGCUACCGGUCCACUUUCAGUCACUUGGUCCCACUAUGCCCAAGCUUUCGGAACCUGGGCCAUCGAAGGUCUUGCUCAAAUCGGUGUACCGGUGAUUCCUGGAUUUUUGGGUGGAAGCUUGAUUGGAGCUUCAUACCCUACAUUCACCAUUGAUGCUGAAAAGAUGACACGUGAUUCUUCCGAAACUUCUUUCCUCAGGGUCGGUAUGAAAUCACCUGACCUCAAGGUUUACACUCUGUCCAUGGCAAAGAAGAUCCUCUUCGACGAUAGCAAGAAAGCAACCGGUGUUCUUGUCGAGACUGGUGGCUACCCAUUUACUUUGACUGCCAACAAGGAGGUCAUCUUGUCUGCUGGUGUUUUCGGAUCUCCGCAGCUUCUUAUGGCUUCUGGUGUUGGACCCGCAGAAGAAUUGAGUGCCAUCGGUAUUGAUGUCAUUGCCGACCGUCCAGGUGUCGGAAAAGGAAUGCAAGAUCAUCUGUUCACUGGUGUCGGAUACCGUGUCAAUGCUCCUACUAUUUCAAGACUUGUGAACGAUCCUGAGUAUGCUGCUGAGCAACUUGAGAUGUACGAGAGCACCCCAGCUGCUGGCAUGUACACUAGCCCCGAUACUGAUGUUCUUGGAUGGGAGAAGAUCCCCGAAAAGUACAGAAGCAAAUGGAGCAAUGAGACUCAGAAAGCUUUGGCUGAAUACCCUGCUGAUUGGCCUGAGGUUGAGUACAUUGCCAUCUCUUCUUUCCUAGGCAACCAGGUCAUCGAGGGAACUGAUCCAAAUGAUGGAUUCAACUAUGCCACAUUAGCAAUUGCUCUCGUCGCUCCUCGAUCCCGCGGAUCUCUUACCAUCACCUCCGCCGAUACCAAUGUUGCUCCUUUGAUCGACCCAGGUUUCUUGACCGAACAAUCUGACGUCGACAUCAUGGUUGCUUCAGUCAAACGUGUCCGUGAAUUCUACGCCACCGAUGCCCUUCAAAGCUUCGUCAUUGGUGACGAGUACUUCCCCGGAUCUAACAUCUCGACCGACGCUCAAAUCGAAGACUUUGUCCGAACCAGUUUCAACACUAUUUGGCACGCAACAUCGACCUGUGCCAUGGGUCUUGUCAACAAUACCAACACUGUUGUUGAUAACCAGGCCAGAGUUCUUGGUGUAUCUGGCGUCCGUGUCGUUGACGCUGCCGCUUUCCCACAUCUUCCUCCUGGACAUCCUAUGUCCACAGUUUAUGCUUUCGCUGAGAAGAUCGCUUGCGACAUUAUUGGUUGUUAAGCAGUUCGCCUCAAAGCGCCACCAUCCAACAUCAUCUCUAACCAUCACUCCUCACUUUGAUCCAACUUCUCUUUAUUAUGUCGUCGAUAGAUCCUUUUUAGAAGCAUCAUGGCUAUAUCACUCAUCUCUUCUUUUCUUUUGACCUCCCGCCAACUGCGGCGGAAUAUUUUGAUGCACCACUUGAGUUCCAAGAUAUUUCGCACACCAAAGCACGCAGAGUACUCGAACACUAUCGAUCUUUACGCGCAGACCUUGUUAGCUGGAUGCCACUGUACAACAAUUGCUCGCAUCCUCAUUCUGAGGGGUAGCUUGAGCAUCGUUGGGUUUUUUCUUUUUUGAUGUAGUAUUUGGGCGGCGGAUUUCUUUCAUAUGUACCGUACAGAGGAAACAGAUGUACUAUACAGUCAUAGAUAUAUAGUGGUAACCAUGUUUUCAUAUAGCAACUCACACA